GCCACCCACUUUCCCUGUGGUAUGUCUUGGGUGUCUUCCCUUCCACUCCCCUUUGUCUUUCCAAUAUUGGGUUCUUCAGUAGUAUAAGUGAUGGAAGAGGCUGGCUGUGGAAUCUCAUGGCUUAGUUCAUAUCCCUGCUCUGCCACCACCUAGGCAUGGGACUCUAGGUGAAUGCCUUACCUCCCUGAGCACCGGGUGAUUUUGUUGGGGAUUUUUUGUUUUGUUUUCCCCUGCCAUUUAUGAAGUAAAAUUGAUAAUUUAGCACCUUCCUCAUAGGCACAAUUAUUAGGAAUAGGAAUAAAUGAGUGGAAAGCACCCAGCACACUGCCUGGCUCACAUAAGCACUCAGUAAAACCCCUCUGUUGUGACCAUUUUAUAGGGUCUAUUUUUAGUGUGAUUACGGUCACACCUAAAAUUUUGGAAAAGGAGACUCCACAGUUUUUUUUUUGGGGGGGGGUUGUUUUUUGUUUUGUUUUUUUUUGUAUGUUUGUUUGUUUUAAUGAAAACCAUGGGGACCUUAAGAGAGGCUGGGAUUAACAGGUUAUUUACAGCCUGGGUUCAAAUACAGCAAGAUCAUCAAUGGCUUAACCAAAUGGAAGAUCUCCCUCUUCUCUUUCUUUCUCGUCCCCCGAAAUUCUAAGCUUGCAGAAGGUAUCACUUGGUGCCUAGCGUAUCCUGCUUUGUCCCUAGAGCGCAGCGAUGUUGUGAUCCCUCUCUGCAUCUCUAGUGCAUCUGUGCCAAAUAAAUGAUUGAUGGGGUUUUCUUUUAAAAAGCUAAGCUUGCCCCGUAGAGUCUGUAGGGUCUCAAGCCCCAUCUGUCUCAAGCUCUGCCAUACUCAGUGGUGACCCCCCUGGGUCCGAGAUGUCUACCAUCAGUUCACACUGCAGCCAGAGGGAAGGAUAGGCAUCCCUGUCGUCGGCUCAUUUAGCUACAGAGGGUGUUGGAGAAAGGUGGAGAACAUGACCUGAGCGGGUCAGCCUCAUGUCCAGUUAGGAACCAUCAGCAGCGUGUCCAGUUAGGAACCACCAGCCGCGCCCCUAGAGUCUUCCGGCCACCUGACCGGCUGCUCCGUCACUCCUUCCUGCCCACGCCCUGCCCUUUCCGCUGCCCCCACUGGAAUGGAUCGCUAGUGGGAAGAACAUCCGGCCGAGCGCUGACGUGGGGUUCAGAGCAGCGGAAGUAGUCCAUUUUACGGGGCCGUAAAGCGCGGCCGGCUGACCCGUCUUCCGGUUAGCGACAACGGCCGCUACCAUCCGCACCGGCCUUCCUGGAUCACGGAGAUCAUCGGACAUUGGCCGCAUCUCAUUUUUUCUCGUUGCUGCCCACCCCAGUCGGCACCACUUCCUUCGCCUUGGAUCAUGUUCAAGAAAUUUGACGAAAAGGAAAAUGUAUCCAACUGCAUCCAGUUGAAAACUUCAGUUAUUAAGGGCAUCAAGAACCAACUGAUAGAGCAAUUUCCAGGUAUCGAGCCAUGGCUUAAUCAAAUCAUGCCGAAGAAAGAUCCCGUCAAAAUAGUCCGAUGCCAUGAGCAUAUGGAAAUCCUUACGGUAAAUGGAGAGUUACUAUUUUUUAGACAAAGAAAAGGGCCUUUUUACCCAACCUUAAGAUUACUUCACAAAUACCCUUUCAUCCUGCCACACCAGCAGGUUGAUAAAGGAGCCAUCAAAUUUGUGCUCAGUGGCGCAAAUAUCAUGUGCCCGGGUUUAACUUCUUCUGGCGCAAAGCUUUAUCCCGCCGCGGAAGAUACAAUUGUUGCGGUCAUGGCAGAAGGAAAACAGCACGCUCUGUGUGUCGGAGUCAUGAAGAUGUCUGCAGAAGAUAUCGAGAAAGUCAACAAAGGAAUCGGCAUUGAAAAUAUCCAUUAUUUAAAUGAUGGCCUGUGGCACAUGAAGACAUAUAAAUGAGCCUUAGAAGAAUCCACUUGUGCUAAAUAUGGAUAUUGUGUCGUAUUUGUGUUUUGUGUCUGUUUGUGACAGCAUGGUGACAAUGCCUCUGUGGUUAUGCUGAAUAAAUUCAACAGAUGCCUCAAAAACAAAAAAACUAGGGUGCUCUUACCACAGAGGAGAAAACAGAAAUUGGGGGACAAGCAGCAAUCUGCUGCACUUGAAUCUGGAAGGAGUGACUGCACCCUGAGACCCUGGCCAACCUUCACCACCUCUCUGGGCUUCCUCAUUAGGAAGCUUGGAAGCAACUGAGAAUGGGUCUGACAUCCGGAUGUCUACCGGGGGCUCCCCACAAGAGCAGCAACAGGAACUCCCUCCUGCCUUUUCUCCAGUCCUCCAUCUCUUUCCUUCUUCUUCCUCUGCUAAUGAAUUAGGGGUGCCAAUAACCUUGAUUUCUUUGGUAGAAAAGUAGAGUUUCCAGAAUGUACUAGGACCUUGCUAAAGACCAGUAACAGCUGGCAUUGAGUACUUGCUGUGUACCCCGCACUGUGCUAAGGACAUUGUAAGGACAGACUCACUCCCAUAGCAGCCCUAUGAGGGAGGUGCUAUUGCCUUUUUUCACAGAUGAAGCUCAGAGAGGGAACUGCUUUUCCCUAAGGUUACCUAGCUACCAGUGGCAGAGCCUGUGCUUCCAGCACCAAGGACCACUUCCCACUGAACCUGUAUUAAAUCCGUACUCUCUCUAGGUCUCUUUAACCUUCUCUAGAAAAUUUGGGGGACUAGGGGAGGCUCCAGUGAGCUCUCCCCAUCAUAAUAUUCUCACCAGUCUGGGGCAGCCUCGGCUGAGCCCCUGGGCCUGUGGGCCUCUGACAGUGCCCACAGCCAUGCCCUCCUCAGUCCAGAGGCUGACAUGUGGGAGGGACAGUCCCGCCCUGGGGAGUGGACUUACCUGGCUUCUCU